AUGGCGAUUAAGGUAGUAGUUGGAGGGAGCAUUCUGAAUGUCAUUAGCACUUACGCGCCGCAAACAGGCUUGGACGAGGAGGUAAAAAGUGAGGUGCACGGUGGCUUCGGCUUUGGUGAUAGGAACGGGGGUGGUACCUCACUGUUGGAUUUCGCUAGAGCUUUUGAGUUGGUGAUCGUGAACUCUAUGUUUCCGAAGAGGGAGGAACAUUUGGUUACUUUCUGGAGUAUGGUGGCUAAGACUCAAAUUGACUAUCUCCUCCUCAGGAGGCGUGAUAGGGGGUUGUGCGAGGAUUGCAAGGCGACUGGUGGUAGAAUGACGUGGUCCAAGGUAAAGUGGAAGCCAAGAAAGCGUGCAUACAUUAAGUUAGUAGAGAGCAUCGACGAGGAUCAAAGGAGAGUGAACAGAGAAAGAUAUAAGGAGGCUAGGAAGGAGGCGAAAGUAGCAGUCACAGAGGCUAAGACCGCUGCUUUUUAUCGGCUUUAUGAGGAACUGGGGGGAAAAGGUAGGGAUAAGAAGUUAUUUCUAUUGGCCAAAGCGAGAGAGAAGAAGUCUAGCGAUCUGGAUUAA